UUCCUUUAACCCCAAAAUCUCAAUCUGAUUCUCCCUCACUUGCCAUCUGAAAUUCAGCAUCCGCUCCAAUUUCUUGCUACCUGAAAAAAAAUUGUGUUUCCAUUUUCGUCUGCCUUUUCUUUCUCUAUUUUUAGCACCCAACCAGGAAAAAAAAAAAGUCAAGAUGAAUGAUUUGAUGACGAAAUCCUUCACAAGCUAUGUCGAUCUAAAGAAAGAAGCAAUGAAAGAUCUCGAAGCCGGUCCAGAUCUAGAAAUGGGGAUGACCCAUAUGGACCAAAACCUCAGUUCAUUCCUGGAAGAAGCAGAGCUGGUCAAGAAAGAAAUGAAUUCAAUCAGAGAAAUCUUGGUUCGUUUGCAAGAAGCCAAUGAAGAGGGGAAGGCUCUGCACAAGCCCGAGGCCUUAAAAUCUCUUCGAACACGCAUAAAUGCCGAUAUUCUGGCAGUGCUGAAGAGGGCUAAGAGUAUUAGGUCUCAGCUGGAGGAAAUGGACAGGGCUAAUGCAGUGAGUCGGCGACUUUCCGGGUGCAAACAGGGGACCCCAGUUGAUCGGACCAGGUCUGCGGUGACUAAUGGGCUUAGGAAGAAGCUGAAGGAGCUAAUGAUGGAGUUUCAGGGGUUGAGGCAGAAGAUGAUGACUGAAUAUAAGGAAACUGUAGGUAGAAGGUACUUUACUGUGACGGGGGAGUACCCCGAUGAGGAGGUGAUUGAGAAGAUUAUUUCUAGUGGAAAUGGACAGGGUGGUGAGGAAUUCAUGUCCAGGGCCAUUCAGGAACAUGGGAGCGGAAUGGUGCUGGAAACAGUGGUGGAAAUACAGGACAGGUAUGAUGCAGCAAAGGAAAUAGAGAAGAGUUUGCUAGAGCUGCAUCAAAUAUUCUUGGACAUGGCUGUGAUGGUGGAGGCACAAGGGGAGCAACUGGAUGACAUUCAGCACCAUGUGAUGAAUGCUGCUCAGUAUGUGAGUGAUGGAACCAAAAAUCUCAAGACUGCAAAAGACUACCAGAGGAGCAGCAGAAAGUGCAUGUGCAUUGGGAUCAUCCUUCUCCUUGUGAUCAUUCUUCUUGUCAUAAUCCCAAUUGCUACCAGUUUUAGCAAAUCAUGAAUUUCACAUCUUAGUAAACAAUUCUUGUAUUCUUUAAUUGAUUACAACUUUACAUGAGAUAGUGGUUUGCAAGACUCUGUUGGUCCUUUUGUCUUAGGACUGACUGACUAUUGUUCAUUUGAGGGGUGUUACAUUGGUUACUGCUGUAGCCUUAGUGGCUCAA